UCUGGAUAGCCUUACCUCCACACAUGUUCCACCUCAGUCUUCUGGCAGGUAAGGUGUCUCAACUUUCACCACAAUGUUCACACACAUUUAUAUCUUCUAUAUCUUACUUCUAGAAGUAGCCUGCGGCUGGAGGAUUCGGCCCCGUCCACCCCCACCCGUCAAGGAUGAGAAUGGAAUUUCAACCAUUGGAUCAAAUGAAAAUCGGUUAAAUCUGAUUUUUCCAGGUACCAGGUGGUGUGGAUCUGGAAAUGUGGCACAAGGGUAUAACGACUUGGGAUAUCUGGAGUCCACAGAUAGAUGCUGCAGGACUCAUGGCAACUGUGAUGGUGUCAUAGAAGCCGGUACCAGGUGGUGUGGAUCUGGAAAUGUGGCACAAGGGUAUAACGACUUGGGAUAUCUGGAGUUCACAGAUAGAUGCUGUAGAGCUCAUGAAAACUGUGAUGAUGUCAUAGAAGUUGGCCAGACUGCCCUUGAGAUGAUGUCUGGUACCAGGUGGUGUGGAUCUGGAAAUGUGGCACAAGGGUAUAACGACUUGGGAUAUCUGGAGUCCACAGAUAGAUGCUGCAGAGCUCAUGACAACUGUGAUGAUGUCAUAGAAGCUGGCCAGACUGCCCAUGGUCUUACAAACAACGACUUUUAUUCCAAACUCCAUUGCAACUGUGAUGAAGAGUUUCGUCGUUGUCUUCGGGCUGAUGGUUCCCAGAGCUCCUCUCUGAUUGGUCACGUCUACUUCGAUGCACUCAAUACUCAGUGUUUCCGGAAAGACUUUCCUGUUAUCCAAUGUGCCACCUACUACACUGGAUCUGAACGGUGUCAGGAAUACCAACUCGACAAGACUGCUCCAAAAGUUUAUCAGUUCUUUGACGUGCCUCUGUUUUGACUCAAGACAUAUUGAAAUAUAUUAAUCCAACAGCCUAGGCAUUGAAUAAUUACUGAUUCAACCUUGCUUA